AUGGAAGAUGGUGUUUGCACAAAAAGUUUUCCAAAGAACUUUUUAGCAUCUACGGUAGCUGAAGUCAACGGAUAUCCAUUAUAUAGACGUCGUGAUAAUGGUAUACAUAUCAAUGUCAAUAAUGUUGACGUAGAUAAUCGCUGGAUUGUUCCAUAUAAUCCAUGGCUUUCCAAGAAAUACAAUGCACAUAUAAACUUGGAGGCGUGCAUGUCUGUUAAAUCUGUUAAAUACCUCUAUAAAUAUAUUUAUAAAGGUCAUGAUUGUGCCAACAUUGAGAUCAAUGAACGUAUUGAUCAUGAUGAGGUGCAGACAUUUUUAGAUGCACGGUAUGUCAGUGCACCGGAAGCCAUAUGGCGUCUUUUUGAAUUUACCAUGCACCAACAAUCUCAUGUUGUCCAUAGAUUGCCAGUGCACUUGCCAAAAAACCAUAUUGUUUAUUUUCAGCAAGGACAGGCUGAAGAGGCUCUGGACAGAGCUGCAGAUCAGGCUACAAAAUUAACAGCUUGGUUUGUGUUAAAUGCAGAGAAUCAUGAUGCUCGCCAAUAUAUGUAUCCAGACAUUCCUCUUCAUUUUGUUUUUAAUAAGAACAAAGUUUGGAAACCAAGACAACGCGGUCAUGGUAAAAUUGUGUCCAGAAUGUAUAGUGUGAGUCCUCGCACAGGUGAGCUUUUUUAUUUACGUAUGUUGCUAUUGCAUACACCUGGUGCAACUUCUUUUGAAGAUUUACGAACUGUCAAUGGCAAUGUUGCUGAAACAUUUCGUGACGCCUGUUUAUUGCGUGGUCUCCUGCAAGAUGAUACUGAAUGGAACAAUACUUUGCAGGAAGCUGUUAACUUUCAGAUGCCUCGACAAUUAAGGCAACUGUUUGCUGUGAUACUUACUCACUGCGAACCUUCUGAUCCUUUUACUUUGUGGACAAGGUACAAGGAUGCAAUGUAUGAAGAUUAUAUUCGCCAAAUGAAUGAGGAACAUGCUGAGUACAGGCUGCUUCAAGAUAUUAAUUCUGUACUUAGGCAAUUUGGUAAAUCUCUUACUGAUUAUAAUCUUCCUCAUUUAGAUGAAUUACCCCCAGCUGAAAACAUUGAUGUAGCUAUGGAGGCUGAAAGAGCUUCUCAACUAAGGGCUCAACUUACUGACGAACAGACUGCACUGGCUAAUGCAGUCAUAGAAGCUGUUGUAAAUGUUGCUAACAAUGCAGCCCAAAACAACCGUCUGUUUUAUUUAGAAGGUGCUGGUGGUAGUGGUAAAACCUUUACUUAUAAUUACCGUAUUUCUGAACUUACAGGUAGGGGUUUUCAAGUUGGAACUGCUGCAUUUACUGGCAUAGCAGCAACACUUUUGAAAAAGGGUACCACCAUUCAUAGACUAUUCCGGUUACCUGUUCCUAUUGUAGAGAACAGUACAUGCAAGAUAACCCCGGUUUCUGCUUAUGCUGCAGAAUUGCGACAAAAGAGUCUAUUUUUACUUGAUGAAGCUUCCAUGAUUCCUAAGCAUGCUUUUCAUGCAAUAGAUCGUCUUCUACAAGAUAUUUGUAAUAAUGAGCUUCCAUUUGGAGGUAAAGUUGUUCUUUUAGGUGGUAAUUUUUCACAGUUACUGCCUGUUGUCAGAAAAGGAAAACCAACUGAAAUUGUGGACAUGUGUUUAAAAAGUUCUCCAUUAUGGCACUUGGUUAAAGAAUUUCGAUUACAUCGAAACAUGAGAACAAGGCCAGGAGAACAACAAUUUGCUGCAUGGCUUCUGCAACUUGGGAAAGGUGUUUUACCUGUUCGGGAGCAAGAACCUUUCCAAGGCGCAAUUGAAGUGCCAUCCCAAUGUGUGAUACAAAAUGAAUGUAUUGUUGAUACUUUGUUUAGGAAUCUUUCACCGGAAAUUAUGGCAUCAUCUGUGGUACUAACACCCACAAAUGAUGACUCACUAACCAUUAAUGAUCAGGUGUUGGCGCUGUUGCCUGGUGAAGAAAAAGUUUAUUUUAGCGCAGAUGAUGUUGUGUGUGAUGAGGAGGAGGAACGGAAUCAAUAUCCGGUAGAAUUUUUAAAUAGUAUCACACCUUCAGGUAUGCCUCCUCAUUGCCUUAAAUUAAAAACUGGUGCCAUUGUUAUGUUAUUAAGAAACAUAAACAUGAAUAAUGGUUUAUGUAAUGGCACUCGACUAAUUAUAAGACGUCUUCAUGACAACUGUGUCGAUGCUGAAGUACUCACUGGCAAUGCCAUUGGAGAUAGGGUACUUAUUCCAAGGGUGCAACUUGCACCUUCGGAUGCAGAGCAAGAGCAUUUGGUGAUGUUCGAGAUGGUAAUUUCGUAUUCACAUUUAAAAACAGUGAAUUUGGGAAGAGUGCUACAACCCUUACAAAAAGCUGAUGAUACUACUUUUUUGCGGAUAUUUAUUUUGGCUUUUUCAAAUUUAUUGUGA